UUACGAGAUAAUAUAUUUUUACAUACAAGUUUUAGAUUUAAACAAGUGGAAUUAUUGUGAAUAUUGACUCCUCUGUCAACUUGGAAGAACAUAAGACAUCAGCUCUCCCCUCUUCAGGACAACCUCUUGCUGUAGAUCCACAUCUUGACUCUAGAUGGCGUUCAUGUGCAGACAGGUCACCGGAACAAUUGCCAGCUGCACCGGUUGGGUCGGCCUCAUAGUUGCCACAGCGACCAACGACUGGGUGCGCACAUGCGACUACAGUGUGGCAACAUGCGUGCGCAUGGAUGAACUCGGGUCCCGUGGUCUCUGGGCCGAGUGUGUGAUCUCCCCUGCGCUGUACCACUGCGCCGCACUCAACCAGAUCCUCUCACUGCCAGCGUACAUCCAGACGUCUCGAGCCCUCAUGAUCACGGCCUGUUUGAUAGGGCUACCCGCUCUGCUGCUCCUGCUCAUGGCCAUGCCCUGUGUGAGGCUCCAGAACGACACCUCCACCAACAAACUGCAGCGCUCACGGAUUGGAGGGGUUCUAUACAUCAUCAUGGCCGUGUUUGGGAUCGUCUCCACAGUCUGGUUUCCAAUUGGAGCGCACCAAAACGAAGGUGUGAUGUCUUUUGGCUUCUCCCUCUAUGCCGGUUGGGUCGGGGCUGGGCUCUGUCUCCUGGGUGGGAUCAUCAUCCUCUGUUGCUAUGGUGUCGACCCCUCACUACCGAGUCGCGAUACGAGUUUCUACUACUCCAGGUCCCGCGGCAUCGCCAUACCAUCUGACCAGCCCGCCAACCAUGCCAAGACCGCUCACGUCUAAUGCAUUUACAACAGGCAUGAGAAGUCCCCUACUGUGAGGAGAACCAACACUAUUUAAAGGUGCACUAUGUAACUUUUCUGGUGGAAGAUCAGCCACCUGCUUGCACCAUGUUAUUGCUUUGCCUGGAAUGUUCCACUGUAUCUGUUUAUCUAUCUGUUAAAGCUACCAGGCCAAGUCACAGGUCAGAUCUAUGGAAAGGCGAGCAGUAAGAUGCAUGAUUUUCAAUGUAUUACGUUAGCAAAGAAAAACACUAACUCAGACUGAAUAAAUUAGAUACGUUUAACACCAUGCUGUGGAAAAUUCCAGGCAAAGAAAUGGAAAAAUGUCCAUCAUUCAUUUCAAAUGAAUCAUAAAUAAACACAUUCAUUUUAGCAUAAAAAGUAAAACUGAGCUCAAUGUUCAAAACACAAUUUACACAUAACACAGUGGGGGAUCCUUGUGUUUUGUUUUUUUUUUUUGCAUAGUUGCCCCUCCAUUUUAUACAUUACAUUUAGUUGUGAGACAGUGUUGUUGUUGUUUGCUAUAAGUUGUUUUUUUUACAUAGAGACAUACAAGAUUCUUUACUUUCUUUUUCCAUAAUGUCUAACUGUUAAUUAUGUCAACUUGUAUUGUUUUAUAUUGUGACCAUUUUAUCCAAUAGUGCUAAAAA